AUGGCGCUCUCAAGGCCUGCUGAGCAGUACGGACCAUCCGAUAAUGCUGCAUCAUCAUCAUCCUCGACCAGAGCAUCGGGAUCAGAUGCGAUUGCGGCACUUGGCAAGUGUAAAGGACAAGCUCAGCUCGCAGCUUGGCUCGAUCAAUACGCCACUAGAUCACCAUCGCCAUCGACUCAGCAAAAUGAGGGCACACCAGCCGACGCCAUCAACAUUACUGCCACCAACAUUACUGCCACCAACGUUACUGCCACCAACGUUACUGCCACCACCACUUCCAAGCUCCAAGAUACGUCGGCCGCUCUUCGCGAUCUCUCACUUUCGCUCUCAUCAGUCCGCGAUGCAUCUCGCACAGAACUCGAUCAGAUUAUCGCCUCGCUUGUAUCUACCAUCCCCAAGAUAGGCAUCGAGCUCAAGCUCAUGUCUGAGACCGCCACAACCCUUCAAUCGCGCCUACAUGCUUUGCAAACGCAGUCUUCCACCAAGGACACUUGCGCAGACACUGCACUUGCCAGCAUCGCAGCUCUUUCCAAAGCAAAAGCAGGUCUCAUCGAAGCUAGACACGCGCUCAGGCAAGCGCAAGCAUGGUCAACGCUCGAAAGCCAGGUCACCGUGCUACUCUCCGAACAGAGCUGGCAGCAAGCCGUAGAUAGAGUCGCCAAGGCUGCCGACUCUUUGCGUCUUUUCAGCGGCUCGCACAAGUCGAAUCAAGAGAGAACGGCAUUGCUACAGAGUCUGACUAGCAGAAUACACGAACAGCUCCUCCCCGUCUUGCAGCAAGCAAUCACAGCAAGAGAGGCGGAAAAGGUAUCUCAAAUGGCAAGCUUGCUCGCUCAGACGCACAACGGAGUGUCUACCUUCUUUCAGGUAUACACCGAUACACGCUCACAAGCUUUGCUUUCGCGUUGGGCGCAAACUGCUUCAGAAACAAACGAAAAGUCACUUCCAGCACAACUUACACGGCUCUAUGCCGAUCUGCUAGCCUUGCUUGGAGAAGAGCGCCUCGCAUCCUCUUCGCUCUUCACAGAUCCCAACAGAGCAACACAACUUCUCACUGCCCACAUCCUCUACAGCCUCGACCCACCCAUUCACGCUUGCAUUCAGCAUGCCACUCGUGCACCCGACCUCGAGACCUUCCUGGCUGCCCUCACAGAUGCUUACAAGGCUACCGAAGAUGCUGUCCGAGCGGUUCAGUCCAUCUUGCCCCAAUCGAGAUCAAAGCAGCCAAGCACAGACCAAGAGGCCGACACAUGUACAUCUCUAAUCGACAGCACCUUACUUGCACUCGAAACCACCGAAAAGCCAUGGCUCAGGCUCAUGAUCGAGCCCUUCAUCCCCUACCAGACUCGUCUUGCAACUUUCGAGGCCGAAGCAAUGCAGUCUCGAUUGCAAUCCUUACAAGCUUCCACGACUUGCACUUCUCCCUCUGUCUCCGCUGCUUCGACACAAGCAUCUCAGGUUGUAAAGGCAGCUCUUCGACGAUCCACUGCGCUCACAAAAUCACUCGCUACGCCCUUGCUACUCCCAUCCUUGGAUGCUGUCUUUGAGACCGCCAUGUCGUCUGCCAGAAGUGAGCUCGAAUUGGAGCUUCAGCGCACCCUCACAUCAACACAAGGCAGGAUACGCAGAAUUCAUCUUUCCGCUGGACCAGGACAAGCUGUAUUGACUUAUGACGAGAGAGGCGAUGUGCUUACAUCAGCCGACUGGGAUGAGUUCAGAAAAGCCACCGAGAAGCUAAGCGCCUGCAGAGAUGCGAUGGCUGCUGUACGAGGCUUGGAAGAGGCUAUCGCAUAUCAGAUCUCGGAACUUGCAACAAUCGUCAAACCCGCGGCACAGGGCAAAGAUCAAGAUGUAGUCGACUUUACAACACCCACUUCUGCUCUAGCAACAUCUUCGCUCAACUCAAGCAGGCUGCAUGAGCUGAUUGCAAAGUCGAAACGCUUGCUCUCUGCCGCUUCUUGGAACACUUGCUCCUCCGAUCAUGUUCUGUUGCCCAUUGCGCGUGACUCGGUGCUUUGGAUCGCGUCAGCAGUGCAAACUUUCCAGCAUCAGCUCGUUCUCUCUCAGUUCCUCCCCGAGUUUGAGCUCUACCCAUCGCUGCAAAUCUGGAGGUCGAAUAAGCAUCCAAGUAUCGUCAACGAGUACGAUCUUGCGAUGCCCAAAUUCAGUCUUAGUCCGACUGAGGCAAUGGCACGCGUCGGAGAGGCGAUGCUCAAUUUGCCCAGGUUGUUCGAAGGGUAUGCAGACGAGGCACUUCUUUUCUGUCUCGACAGCAGCAAGAAGGGCGAGGGCGGCGAGAACAUCAGGAACGUGGAGAAAGAGAUGGCAGUCAAGGAUACAGCCUCAGCAGCGGAGACUAGGUCGAGCAUGCACCGUCAAGCGUUUUCGACCACUACUGUUCCUUCUUGCCUCGGCACUUGCUCCGACACUACCGCUGCCGCUGGCGAAGAGAGUGAAGCGGACGCAGGUGUGCUCUCACAGUACCUUCGCUCCCUGCUCACGCAGUUGCUUACACACUUUCUCACCUCUGUACUUUCCUCUCUGCCACUGUUGAGCGACAUGGGUGCCGCCCAGCUCGCAGCGGACCUUGACUACCUCUCGAACAUUGCUUCUGUCAUUUAUGCCGAAAGUGAACGCAUUCUGCGGUUCUGGAAGAAAGCAGCUGAGCUCUCCACGGACACAGGCAAAGUACUCGUCAGCACCUACCUUGUCCACACCGGCACGGAAAAAAACGAAAAGCCAAGCGACCAGUUGGACGCAUGGACCAAUGAACAGGUACAAGCAUUCUGUAACUCACACGCUUUCGCAUCUGUCGCCAGACUCAGAGGGUGGAUGUGA